GGCAGACGUAGGAUAAACUGUUAAAGGGGCUUAUCUUCUUCUCGCUCUUCUAGUUAUCUCCUCUUCUUCCUCGUUCUCUUCUUCUCCAUCUCAUCUCUCAUUCCUCUCCAUGAAGCAACAGAGCAUAAGGGGGACUCCCGAAGAUCCGCCCAUGUGUAAGGGUGUCGCACCCUGCUACGUAGCUGUUGAACCCGCCCCUAAUAAAAGUAGACCAUAUAUAUGAAUACAAUACCACUCCAUUUGAUUUGACCCAACCAAACAAGCCUCAUCUCCAAGCCAAUCUUGCCAAGAUCCUCCUUGCAUUGCAUGCCAUCUCCCAUUUCCCACAUACACAAGAAGUUACACAGAAAAUCGAAGCUGAAGCAGAAACAGGGGCUGUUUACAUGGCACAUGAGAAUGGCCGUGCUUAACAGGCAAUAGGAGCCACUGCAUAACAACAGGCAACGGCAGUACUACUUCUACCACUCCUCUGUUUAGGAGCCAAACACCUUUCAAGGCUAAAGUCGUUUGAGGAGGGGUUGCUGCUUUGGUUGCCUCCUUUCUUGCUUUCUUGAUCUCUCCGGAGUUCAGCUCGUCAUGGCACCGUUGAGGGGGGCCAAGCGGAGGAAGCGCCAGCCCGAGAGGGCCUCGCCGGCCCAGGCGCCGCCGAUGCCGCCGCCCAUCGCCGGCGAUUGGUGGGGCGCUUUCUCCCCCAGGCUUGCAGCAGGACAAUUUUCCAAAGAGUGCCAAAACUUUGAGUCAGUCUUUAAGAUGUCGAGGAAGACUUUCGACUACCUUUGCUCUCUGAUUAAAGGGGACUUUACAAGAAAGACACAAAGCUUCAGAAACUUCAGGUUUGGGGACAAGGUGAUUCUAGGUGUGGAGGAUCAAGUCGCUGUUGCUCUUCUAAGACUGACCACCGGCGAGUCACUUUUGAGCAUAGGAACACGUUUCGGGAUGAACCACUCAGCCAUCUCAAACAUCACUUGGAAGUUCAUUGAGUGCUUGGAGGAGCGAGCCACCGGUCAUCUGAAGUGGCCUGACCCCGAGGAGAUGGCAACCAUCAAAGCAAAGUUUGAAAAGAUCCAGGCCCUCCCCAACUGCUGUGGCGCCAUAGACACAACGCACAUCCUCAUGUGCUCUUCAGCUCAACCUAACAGCAAUGUCUGGCUGGAUGGUGAGAAUAGGAACAGCAUGGUCCUGCAGGCUGUUGUCGACCCUGACAUGCGGUUCAGAGACAUCGUCAGUGGCUGGCCUGGGAGCUUGGAUGACUCUUGCAUCCUGCGUACUUCAGGCUUCUACAGGCUCUGCCAGAAAGGCGCAAGGCUGGACGGGCAAAUGGAGCUUCCUGGUGGAUCAGCAGGGUCAAUGGUCAGAGAGUACAUCGUUGGGGAUGCAAGCUAUCCUCUCCUUCCCUGGCUGAUGACUCCAUACCAAGAACAUGAUUUAUCUCCAGAGAAAGCGGACUUCAACAAGCGGCACGCUGCGACAAGAAUGGUGGUGCAAGGUGCCCUGGCCAAUCUGAAGGAAAGGUGGCAGGUUCUCAAGGGAGAGCUAUGGAGGCCGGACAAGCACCGGCUGCCGAGGAUCAUCUACGCCUGCUGCUUGCUCACCAACAUAAUGAUCGACCUUGAAGAUGCCGUGAGGGAUGGGAUGCCGGCAUCGCACAACCACGAUGACGGCUACAGGCAGCAGGUCAGCAAUGUGGCGGACAACAGCGCGGUCACGCAGAGAGACCUGCUGUGCCAGUACGUUAGCAGUCCCGGCAGCAAAUUGCCGGAGUGAUUCCGACCCUUCAGUUUCUUACUGUGUUUUUCCCCCUUUCUCCGACAUGAUACAAAAGGUACCAAUAGGCGAUACAAAUGUAAUGCGGAUUUCGUUUUUUUUUUUAGAUAAUGGAUUUCGGUUAUUUAGGAUAUGAACAUUUUUGGUCAUUGUAGACUGAAAUAGUGAAAUUAGCAGACAUGAACGUCUUUAAGCUUGUAAAAUCCGGCUUUAAUAUCUUAGCAUUGACAUGUCUAUUGGAGAAAAUUGCGGAUCGCAAGCAGCGUAGCAGAGCUGCUCGAUUGCGCUACAUCCAAGGGCUGUGAAGUGAAA